AUGGCGGCUGAAAAUAGCAUUUUGAAUGCUAUUGUGGCUCUUCGUCCUUUACGUGAUGAAGUCGAUAAUUUCUUUUUGUUUGAAGAAGAAGUAAAAACAGCUCUCACUUCAAUUUUUGAAAAAAACCGUGUGGGCCAAAGCUCUUUGAAACGAGCUAAAAUGUCACAAAUUCCAGCGACAGCACUCCUGGAAGGAGAAGUGAAGAUGUGGCUUAAGAUGCUCCAUAGGCGCCUCAGUCCAAGAAUGAAGGCCCGAAGCGCUUGGACUGUAGAGUUUAAAAGGGCGAUGUCCUCGGAAAUAUUUUCCUUAAUUUUACAGAUGGUUAAAAAGGCCCGUUCCGCUUAUGGUGUUGUGCACAACGAAGAAAAACACACAGAUAUAAUCUACUAUAACAGAGAGAACAGACUGAUUCGAGAUUUUGCCCAGUUAUCUGAGCUAAGCAGAGACUCAGUCCGAGAAUUCCUUAUUAAGCAGAGUAAAGGAACAAGAAAAGGAACUUCAAAAGUUUCCAUAACUUCUGAAACGCCUUUCACCAUCACAUUUAUUAAGAGGACACAGCAAGUGGUGGGUAUUGUCUCAAGUCUCUAUAUGCACCAUUGACUUGGUUUUCAGUUUCUAAGCCCUCUAGAUAGUCUGGGUCAAUUUCAUGAACAGUCCCAAUGUCAAUCUUUUUUAACUGUUCUACAAGGUUACUAUAAGUUAGAAGCUUUGGAACCUUACAGCCUUUACAAAUUGAAAUACUUGUUCUUUUCCCUGG